CUCCCCAUUCUCCUCUCAAACUGUUUUCCUGGAAGAAUAAACAGAAUUAACCAUGUGUACGCCAUGGCCAACGACCAGGUUUAUUCGAUGGCGACUCAAAGACUGUGUAUCUUGUUUCUUGGCCUGUAGAUUUCCUCUGGAUGAUGACCCAGAUAGAGUUUGCAGUUCAUUGCCUCAACAACCCACGAGGAACAUGGUUUUUGACGUCAAGAAGGAUGAGAAGAGAGGCAGAAGGGCUGACAUAAAAUUGUCAAGGCGAAAUAGAUAUAGAAACGAGACACAAUUAAAUCCUGAGGAUGGAAACACUGUUUCAAUGGAAAAUAAGAGCAAUGACCCAGGCUGGCAACAUUUUCAAGAUGAAGACUACAUAGUUUUCUGCUUUAAAGAGGAUGGAACCUUUGAUGUUGUGAAAGAUAGCAAGUCAGAAGAAGCAUUGGAGCUCUUUGAUUCUGGGAAUAGAAAUCCAAGGCCUGUUAUAAGAAAGCUUAAUUAUAGCAAGGUUCCAGAGACAGUCAAGAAGAGCAGCCAUGAAAAAAUCUCAAAUGCACAUGGCAAUGAUACUUGCCUCAGAAUUGGAGAAGAGCUUAUUACUGUUGAAGAGGAUGAGGAAGAACAGAACAGCUACCUGGAAAUAGAGUCACCUUCCGUUGCCAGCAGCAGGUGCUAUAAAUUUGAAAAAAUGGAAAACCAUGGGAUGCUCUCUGUCGAAUCAUGCGAUUCCAAUCUAUCAGAAAGCAGCACAGGAUCAUUUUCCUUUCCUAUAUUGCAUUGGGAGCUGAUGGGAAGUCCUCCACAAAUGCCAAAAUCGCAGGGCUUCUACAUAAAGAAGCAAAAAUUCACCUGUGCUCGUUUUCAGUGUUGUAGAUUCUAAUCUCAACAUUUCCAUUUGUCUAAAUUUUUGUUCUUUGGAGAUUGAUUGGCUUCAGCAUACAAUCUUAUCAUUCAAUUACCAUUUAUCAAUAAACAACAUCAGACAUCUUACCAAUAGCUGACUUCUUUUCUAUGCCCUUGCCAAUAUGUGUAUAUACCAUACUCAUGCACUC